GAGCGCGGCAGCGGAGCGCGGCGCCGCCGCGGGUGUGGGCGCGCCGGGAGCCCCGCACGGCGGCCCGGGGGCGGCGGGCGGCACCGCCUGGCCGGCCGGGGGGCGCGCCGGCCCCUGCGCGCCCCGCACCGCGGCCCGGCCCGCCGAGAGAUGGCGGAUUCCUAUACCUGCAAAGGUGGAAGGAAAGCUGCAGGCUCUAACAAACCUGCUGCCAGCAAAGAAAGCAGGACAGAGACAAGGAUAAACCCGCCAGCAGAGCUGCCCAAGCUGGAAAAUGCGACCAGUGACAAAACUGAAGGCAGGAAGAAAGGACGACCCAAGGCUGAGAAUCAGGCACUGAAAGACAUCCCUCUCCCCCUGAUGAAUCAGUGGAAGGAUGAAUUCAAAGCCCACUCCAGGGUGAAAUGUCCCAAUUCAGGCUGCUGGCUGGAGUUCCCCAGCAUUUAUGGCUUGAAGUACCACUAUCAGCGCUGCCAAGGGGGUGCGAUCUCGGAGAAGCUGACCUACUCGUGCUCGUACUGUGAAGCUGCCUUCACCUCCAAAACCCAGCUGGAAAAGCAUCGGCUCUGGAAUCACUUGGACCGGCCAGUGCCAACCAGCAAAGCAGAAAACAAAGUGCCCAAGGCCAUUGGGAAGAGCAGUGGAAAGAAAAGAGCUGCUGAGAGUUCAGCUUGCCCCACCAUCCAUCCCAAACAGCCAAAGACGGAAAAAGCUGUGGCCCAGGAGCACACGGAGAAUGGCGAGUGCCUGGCGGAGAGCCGGGAGAGCAAAGAGUUCCAGAUCGCAGCGGCCGAGGCGAUGGCAGCUGCCACCCCCACGGCCAAGUCCUCGAGCGGGAAGGACGCCGGGCAGCAGCGGGGCAGCCAGGCCUCGCUGCAGGAGGAAGACCCCGAGAGGAUGAAGCACAGAAGGAAACAGAAAACUCCUAAGAAGUUUACGGGGGAGCAGCCAUCCAUCUCGGGGACAUUUGGACUGAAAGGUCUUGUCAAAGCAGAGGACAAGGCAAAAGCCCAUCGAGCCAAGAAGUUGGAGGGAAACACCAGUAUGGAGGAGCUGAAAAAGAAAUCUCCAGGAGUUGCUGUGAAGAAGGAAACUGCUGUGCACCUACCAGCAGCAAACCCGGAGGACCAGUGGCAGCGGGAGAUCAGCGAGAAGGGGGAAGUCUCCUGUCCAACCUGCAGUGUUAUAACCAGGAAAACUAUUGUGGGGCUCAAAAAGCACAUGGAUGUCUGCCAGAAACUGCAGGAUGCCUUGAAGUGUCAGCACUGCAAAAAGCAGUUCAAGUCUAAAGCUGGGCUGAAUUACCACACCAUGGCUGAACACGUCAGCAAGCCUGUUCCUGUGGAAACCACUGGACUUGGUGAACAGGAAGAGCGGGAAAGGCUGAGGAAAGUGCUAAAGCAGAUGGGAAAACUGAAAUGCCCCAAUGAGGGCUGCGUGGCCAACUUCUCCAGCCUGAUGGGUUACCAGUACCACCAGAAGCGGUGUGGGAAGCAGCUCACUGAGGCCGACAAGCCUGUUUUCAGCUGUCCACACUGCAGCAAGAAGUACAAAUCCAAGGCUGGCCAUGACUACCAUGUGCGGUCAGAACACACGGCCUCGGUGAGCCCCCCGGAUGCUUCCGCAGCCCGAGGAGCCGGGCCACCUCCCCCUGGGGGGGACUGCAGAGCUGCUGUGGAGCCCGUGGGCAGGACAGAGCCGGGCAGGGCCGGGCCGGGCAAGCCUCCGGAGGAGCCAGAGGUGAAGCAGGAGCCUGCUCCCAUAGAAGAUUUCGAGAGGACCCCGAGCGGCCGCAUCCGUCGGACAUCGGCCCAGGUAGCCGUCUUUCACCUCCAGGAGAUAGCGGAGGAUGAGCUCGCCAGGGAUUGGACCAAGCGGAGGAUGAAGGAUGACCUGGUGCCUGAAACGAAGCGGCUCAAUUACACCCGACCAGGGCUUCCAAAGCUCAAUCCCAGGCUGCUGGAAAACUGGAAGAACGAAGUGAAGGAGAAGGGCCGCAUCAACUGUCCCAACAAUUUCUGCGAAGCCAUUUACUCCAGCGUCUCGGGGCUGAAAGCUCACCUGGCCAACUGCAACAAGGGAGACCACUUGGUGGGCAAGUACCGCUGCCUCCUGUGCCAGAAGGAGUUCAGCUCCGAGAGCGGCGUCAAGUACCACAUCAUCAAGGCUCACUCAGAGAACUGGUUCCGAACCUCCUCAGAGGCCAGCCGGAAAAAGAAAAACAGGGAACAGCUUUCUUCCAGCAAAGAGGAGAAAAAGAAAAGCACAAACGGGAAGAAAAGAGGGAGGAAACCCAAGGAGAGGCCUCCAGAAAUGUCUCCAAAGGGCAAAGAAAGCGUGGCAGCAAAGACUAAUCACAAGAAAACCCUCGAGCACUGGGAAGGCUCCCGGGGCAGCCCCGAGGGGGACGAGCAUGUCCCCAAGCCCCCAGGCCAGCGGAAGGGAGGAGCCAGCAAGAUGCCUGAGAAAUGAGCAGCUCAGAGACUCACGUCCAAGGAUUCGUUUACAGCCCAGGGUAACAGGGUGGGGGUCUCUCCCGGUUUUAUGUCCUCUCCUACCCAUUCCACCUCCCUUCCCCCCACCCUCCUCUCACCCUCUUUUUACAAAAAGAAAGGAAAAAAAAGAAAAAAAAAAAGACAGAAAA